AUGCCAAGGUUCGUGGCUGUCUUGGCCCCAGAGACGCCGAGCGUGUCAAUCAACAAUGCUGAGAAAGUUCACAUUGUCCACUCUGUCUUCAUCAAAGCGCUGGGAUACUCGGACUCGGCGCUCUCGUCGCCCAUCAUAGGCAUCAUCAACACGUACUCGUCGUUCAACCCGUGCCACUCCAACGUGCCGCAGCUCAUUGAAUCCGUCAAGCGCGGGGUUCUGGCGUCGGGCGGGCUCCCCGUCGAUUUCCCGACCAUCAGCAUCCACGAGAGCUUCGCCAGCCCGACGAGCAUGUACCUGCGCAACCUCAUGAGCAUGGACACGGAGGAGAUGAUCAAGGCGCAACCCGUCGACGCCGUGGUCAUGAUCGGCGGGUGCGACAAGACGGUUCCCGCGCAGCUGAUGGGCGGCAUCAGCGCCAACAAGCCUGUCGUGCCCUUGAUCACGGGGCCGAUGAUGCCCGGCUCCGUUCAAGGGUCGAGAGUGGGCGCGUGUACAGACUGCAGGAGUUACUGGGCAAAGUACCGGGCCGGCGGCAUCGACGUCGAGGACAUCAUGUCGGUGAACGAGGAGCUGGCACCCACCGGCGGGACGUGUGGAGUCAUGGGCACGGCGUCGACAAUGGCGUGCGUCACCGCCGGACUGGGUCUGCUCGAACUACGGGCAGGGGCGACAGCGGCAGCAGUCAGUUCCGCGAGACUGAGGGUUGCUGAACAAGCCGGGCGAAAUGCCGUGGCGAUGCUGACCAAGGACCAAAUGAAGCCACAGGACCUGCUCACGCGAGAAAGUUUCAUCAACGCAAUCACCGUGCUCCAGGCCAUAGGCGGAAGCACCAACGCGGUGGUGCACUUACUUGCCAUCAUCAACAGACACCCCAGAGUGGCCGGCACAAUCGAUCUCAAGACGUUUGACGAGAUUGGCAAAAAGACCCCGCUGCUGGUCGAUCUCAAACCCAGCGGCGACAACUACAUGACCGACUUCCAUAACGCUGGCGGGAUGCUAGCGUUGCUGCACACCCUGAGACCACUGUUGCAUCUCGAUGCGAAGACGAUAACCGGCCAGACCCUGGGAGAGGUGUUGGAGAGCACCCCGUUCAAGACGUUUCCAUACUCGAGACAAAUCAUCCGCUCACUCGACGACCCUCUCCAUCCUGCGUCGAGUCUGGUCGUGCUCUACGGCAACGUGUGUCCCAACGGUGCGGUCAUGAAAGCGUCGGCGUCGAAGAAUCGCAAACUGCUUCACCACCGAGGAUCAGCUUGCGUCUUUGAAGACACGGCUGAUCUGGCCCGGCGCAUCGACGAUCCAGACCUCGAAGUAACGGAAGAUUCCGUGCUGGUGCUCAAAAGUAUAGGUCCGGUAGGGAAUCCAGGCAUGCCCGAGGCAGGAUUGAUCCCGAUCCCUCAGAAACUAGGCAGAAAAGGGGUCCUGGACAUGCUGCGAAUAAGCGACGGUAGAAUGAGCGGAACCGCCGGAGGGACCAUCUUGUUGCACAUUUCACCCGAGUCGGCCGACUUGGAUUCUGUUUUUGGGGUGGUGCAGACCGGAGACAAGAUUGUAUGUGAUGUCGAGCGGAGGCUACUGUCUCUCGACGUUGAACAGGACGAAAUAGCGAGAAGAAUAGCAGAGCGCAAGCAACGAGCUCAGACGGCGACACAUGACCGUCCGGAACCGUGGAUUGACAGGCACGAUCGACGAGGGUACCGAGGUCUGUAUGAGAGAGAAGUCAACCAGUCUCACUUGGGUUGUGAUUUUGGAUUUUUGACAGCAAACGGGGGGCCUGGAGGAUCCAAAAAUAUCGAGUCACGAUGA